GUUUACGCAAAAGGCCAACAUGAAAAAGCAUUUGGGCACCCAUUUCAACCUACGGGAAUGGAGGUGCCCCCACGGUGGGAAACCGUUUACGAGGAAAUCUCAUCUAUGAUAGGAGCACAUGUUGAAAAUGUGCACGAAAAAAUUAGGAAAUAUCCGUGUUCCUUUUGCGCGGUGAAAUUCACAAGUGUGGACCAUAGUAAGCAACACGAGAAGCGUCACCACCAACCACGCCCCAAAUGGUUGUUCCGUUUCUACUUUUGUCCCAAGCGUUACAUGAAGUCAGACUUUUUGCAUAUCCAUUUGAGAACUCACACCAGAGAAAAGCCCUACCGCUGUGUCCUACCAAGCUGUAUGGCUGGAUUCCGUGACAACGAUACUCGGCGAGGUCACAUUGUCCGAGACCAUUUUAAAACCGGUAGCUCCAAUUCUAUCCCAUUAAACGAGAUAUUGCUAAAUAAGUGCUACUUUUGUGCCAAUCCGCACGGCCGGAUGAACGGAUUGGUCGUCCAUAUGAAGAAGCAUACGGGUGAGAGGCCCUUCAAGUGUGGGGAGAAGCGAUGCCGAAAGAAUUUUGUUUCAGGCUCUUAUUAUCAUAGACAUUUACAAAAUGUUCAUUCCAUGUCGAAAGAACUAUCGAUAAGAAGGAUGGCGGUACAGAAGGAAAAAUCGGCCGCAGAAAGAGAUGGGAUCCCUUCGCUUAAUUUAGAGGAAGGAAAUCCAAGCGAGGAGAACGUUGCGGUAAGGCAAUUUAAACCUGUUGCCGCGAAGAAGGAGGAUGACCCAAGAAUACCGGAUGGAUCGAAGAGAGUGAUGAGGCGAAAUCUAGAAUGUGUAUUUUGCGGCUUGGUCUCACCCACUAGGAAGGAGUAUGUUGAACACCUGUAUGGUGCACAUGGUUGCAAUGUUGAAUAUAGAAUGCGGGCAGUGCCUCCCAUUCACAAGAAAAAAGAGUCGUGCUACUUUUGUCCGAAAUCCUUAACUCUGCUCGCUCUAUCCUCCCACAUGACAAAACAUACGAACGAAAUCCAAGAACAAUGUGAAAGGUGUGGUACAAAAUUUAGAAAGAUGUCCGACCUGAGAUAUCACUGGAUGAAAAGUUGCACAAAAAUUUCGCAACAAGAAAAGAAGAAGUAUCCGUGCAAAUUUUGUACCAGGAUAUUCUGCAUGUUGUGCAGCUUGGUGUAUUACAUGCGAAUAGUUCAUCUCCGAGAGGUUGACAAUUUUGUGGAAUGUUUUCUCAAAUGUGGGAAAACGUUCAAAAGUGUGGAGGAAAGAGAUGGCCACAUGGACCAGGUGCAUUCAAAGGAUUCCGGGAAUUGGCCAUAUUCCGUGCCCACCUGCUCCAAAAAGUUUUUUACGAAACUCCUCCUGAAGUUUCAUUACGCGAAGGAUCAUCCCAACGUAAAAAGUGCGAGAUCACAACCACAUCUGAGGAAUAAGUGCCUCAUUUGAUUGAUAUUCUACAAGGAAAAGGAAGAGCUAAGGGGUCACAUUGAAACUGUGCACGCGUUACGUAUUUCGGUCAGAUAAAGAAGCAAUUUAAAUUUGAGAUGGAAAUGGCAAGGUAACUAAAAAAGAUAAAUUGUAUUUAUAUUAAAUAACGUA